UAACAUCCACGCAAAGCAAACGUUGGAUUUUCCGGUUUUCUGUCUACUGGCGACUAACGUCCCUAUAUAUCUAUAAAAUCAAAUGCCUGCCAACUUCCAGUGCAAUAGUGAGCCCCGAGUUCAACUAACAAAAUCAAGAUUUCUUAUUUUUGCAAGAUGUCAGUGCAUCUGAGAUCCACUGUGAGAAGAGCUCUGCUGCUGGCUAACAGAGCAGGUAAUGGACCGAUCGCCAUUACCGGACAGAGAGCUGCUUUGGGCAAUGCCUCAGCUAUGGGAAGCGCCGCCGCAUCACCAAAUCCGAAACCUUCCAUUCGAACCAAUGUGUAUGAAAACAACAUUGUCACUUCCCCUUACGCUGAUUGCGAAUUUCACGACAUGACGCUGACGCAAAAGUUCUUUGAAAGCGCCGUUCGUUGGCCGGACAAAAUUGCAUUGGAAUGUGGCAUUUCCGGACGUCGGUACACAUACAAUACAAUGAGUCAGGCGGUCCGCCGCUUCGGCAGUGCUUUAACGCGUAUGGGAUUCAUUCAAGGUGAAGUUAUGGGUAUAAUCGCUCCCAACCUUCCUGAAUUUCCUAUCGCCAUGUUUGGAGCCGCUGGUGCCGGUAUGCCCGUCGCUCUCGUUAACCCUACCUACACUGCAGAUGAGAUUGCUCGACAGAUGACACUUGUCGAAGCGACGUGUUUAUUCGGAGUGUCCGAGAUGGCGGAAACAUUGAAAGCAGUGGCUCAACUGUGUCCCACUGUCCGGCGAAUUGUUUUGUUGGGUCCAAGCCAAGACGGAUGUGCUUCCUAUCAAGACAUGAUGCAAGACUCUGGUGACCUCUUCAACGACAACAUCAAAAUCGAUAUCGAUAACGACAUCUUCAUUCUGCCUCAUUCAAGUGGCACUUCUGGAUUGCCGAAGAAUGUGAUGCUAACUCAUUCGACUGUCGGCAAAAAUGUUCAGCAAUAUUUACAUCCCGAAGGCACCAAUAACCGACCAGCCACAGAUACCCAUCAGGAAACGUACAUCGGCUUCCUUCCGUUCUUCCAUUCCUACGGAAUGCUCGGACUGAUGUUAUCCGCCGUUGAAAGCGGUGCAAAGUUGGUGACGCUUCCGCGUUUCGAUGUACCCAGUUUCCUGAAAGCUAUUGAUGAUCAUCAGCCGACGUACUUGCAUUUGGUGCCACCGUUGGUUUCUCUUAUGACUAACCUUCCGGAAAUGAAAGCGGAAUCUUACAGUAGAGUUCACACCAUUUUCUGUGGAGCGGCUCCACUUGGGGCUCCAGCAAUUAUGAAACUUCUCGAAAGAUUCAAACAACCUGUAAGCUUUCAAGAAGCAUACGGACUGACUGAGAUGUCGCCUGGAGUCAUGAUGAGUCCACUGGGCAAUAAGAAACUCGGUUCUUGCGGUUCACUUUUUUCACGAACCAAGGCUAAGGUUGUCGACCUGGAAACCGGCCAAAGAACAUUAGGGCCUCACGAAGAUGGGGAACUCUACGUGACUGGACCACAGGUCAUGAAAGGAUACCUCAAAAACCAGCAAGCCACUGACGAAAUGAUUGGCUCUGACGGAUGGCUCCGCACAGGUGACAUCGGCCAUUACGACGAAGAUGGUCAUUUCUUCAUCGUCGAUCGUCUGAAGGAGUUGAUCAAAGUCAAAGGCUUCCAGGUUGCCCCGGCCGAGUUAGAAGAAGUGCUUACCACCCAUCCGGCCAUCAAGGAAGCAGCCGUGAUCGGCAUCCCAGACGAAAGAGUUGGCGAACUGCCUCGUGCAUACGUCGUCAAGAAACCUGGAAUGGAAUCAGUCAGCGAAUGCGAUAUCAAUGCAUUCGUCAACGCCAAAGUGUCGGCCCACAAACAAAUCAAAGGAGGCAUCCAGUUUUGCGAUUCUGUUCCCAGAAGUAACAUUGGCAAAAUCCUGCGCAGAGAAUUACGAGUUCAAUAUGCCAAUAGCUGCAAGUAAAACGGUUCCCUAUACGCUUUUAAAUUGUACACAAUAACUCUACCGCUACAUAUUACCUGUAAACGCGCAUUUUGUGGGCUACAUUGAGCAGCAAUAUCCGUCUGUUCAAAACUCACAUGAAAUCAAUUAUUCUCAUUCAAACAUGCCUUCGUUUUUAUAUACAACGGUCAUUAAUUUUAAAGGGUUUGUUGUGCUACAUUACUCAUCCAUAUUAUUACAUCUAUAUAAUUACUCCAUUUUAUUGUUUUAUGUGAUUCUGUGUAAAUACAACGAUAUGAAAUUCAA